UUUUCUUCACCAAUCGUCAGCCCAAAACUAUCAAAUCAAUUUUCCAGAUCUAGAUCUUCUUUCAUGAUGAUGCCAAACUAUUCCCCUAAAUUUAACAUCUCAAAGCACCAAAAUUUAUGGGGUCAGAUCUUUCUGUUCUUUGGAAUUGGUUCAAGAGUACUCAGAAAAGAGGAUCAUAUUUCACUAAAGCUAGUUACAUUCUGGAAGGGGCUUUUGAAAUUCAUUACGGCAUGGGUGGAUGGCAGUGUUUUUCAGUUGGCUGCUAUAUUGAAGAGUUUGGUGCCUUGGUGCUGGUUGUAAUUGGGUUUUAUUUCAUAUUUAGCUUUCCAUCAACAAAUACUAAAAAGAUGGUAGAUAUGGUAGGUCUAGGUGUUGUUGAUGGUCUUAGAUGUUUGGGGGUGGAAGCUGAUUAUGGUCUUGAGGGAUGGGGAAGCAAAUGGAGGGGACUGGAAGGAUAUAAUUUCCCUCCCCUCCAUUCCCCUCAACCCAAGCAUAGGGAAGGUCUGCAGCACAUCAAGGCUCCAAAGGUAGGUGGUGUUUUGAUGUGGGAGAUCUCCAUGGUGUCAAGGUUUGGAAUUCAACUCGUUCUAGCUGUUGGACCAGAUGGCAGUGCUUAAAGGAUUUGCAGUUUAUGUAGGUAUUAGGGUCCAGAAGUUGGUUUGGUGGUAGUUUUCAUACUCCUAAGGUGGAACUUAUAACUAGAUUUUCAUCUCCUACAUACAUAUUCACUGAUACAACCUAUAUUUUAAGAAGCACGUUUGGUGUUCCUGGUGACAAUUAAUGAUGAUUCGAGUGUUGGUAGUGUGCUAGCUGGUGGUAGCUUGGAGGUGUAUGUCCAAAUGGAGAUGGUAAAGGUGCAUGGCAGCAACAUUGUAAUCUUUCCAUGGAUUCUUAAACUAUCUCUGAGGACUUUGCUUCAUCUCCAAGCUUACCACACUUAGGAGGGUUUUCUGUGUUCUGCUACCAUCAUCCUUGUUCUGUACUUAGAAAACUUGCUUUCCUUUUUUUGAUUCCAUCUAAACUUGAUACUGUCUAAAGGACAUGGAGGUACAACACUUGUUUUGCUUUGCCAAUUCAAGUUGCAGCAAAAGUCUUAGAUGGUGCCACCGCUCAGCUUUGUCAAGGCUCCCCAAAUAGAGGAUGUACACACCGCUUUCCUUUGCAGAAGUAUACCCGUCCUCUUAUUAUGGUUUUGCAGGGCUUGAAAACAGCCUUAGGUUUUGUGCAUUUGGACUAUAUAGUAUGUUUAGUGUUGACUUUGUCUGCUAUGUUUAUGUUUCCUUGGUGGCCAAACUGCUAGAACUAUAAAUAUAAUCCUUUUAU